UGUGUGUGAGAUCAGAAGAUGAGGACGCGGAGGAGAGUUUCGGCUCUCGUCUCCUGUGAUAUUACACGCAAACUCACUUUAUAAAGCGGAAAACUUUUUACUUUCGGGGUUUGUAUGAUCCAUUCAUCAGCUGGACUUGAUCUUCACCCGAUGGUCGGCGGGUUUCGGCUCCGGAUGGAUCGUGUCGCGGAUAAAUAAGCGUGAAGCAGGUGCAUUUAUCGCUGAUGAUGAACGCGCUGCUCUUCAUCUCCGUCAGAACAUGAACUUCAGUCCCAUCACAGCGAGCUGCUGGAGGGAUUCGUGGAGAUUUAACCCGCUGAUGGAUUCAUGAUCGCUGGAAUAUCGCGGAUCGAUGGAUUCUGCUGCGAUCAGAUGGUUUUAAAGCGGCCGGAGCGUCAGUUCAUGAUCCCUGAAGGCUUCAGUGACCCGUAGAGCUCAAACUGCACCAUGCUGGCGUGUCUGCAGAGACAGAACCAACCGACCCAACAUCAACACCAACACCUCAUGUGUGCCACGAAGAUCCUGGACGCGCCGCUCAGUCACAAGAGUGAGCCGAUUUCCACAUGCUCCCCUCGCUACCCGUCCGCGGCCGAACUGGACGCUUACGCACAAAGGACAGCGGAAAGCCCGCUUUCAAUCAAGAUCUUCCCCACGAACAUCAGGGUCCCGCAGCACAAGCAAAUCAGCAGGACCGUCAAUGGCCUGGACACCAGCGGUCAGCGCUUCGGUGCCUACUCGAACCCCUACGCCGGCGCCUACCAAGGCUUGCUGGCGAUCGUCAAGACUUCCUCCGUGGCCAAAGGUGUGUUGAAGAGCGCUGAUGGAAAACGAACCAAGCUAUCGCCAGUCCAAAUGGCAGUGGCUCCGUAUGCGCCGCCCAGCAGCAGCAGACACCGGCAGAAGCCGUACGGUGUUGUGUCCCACGGCGUCGUGCAUCACAUGAGCCGUCUGUCCAGCGUCCAAUCCAGUCCUUCGUUCUUGGCCGCGUCGUGCGCCGACUCAAAUUUCGCCCAGAGCGCUCUGGCAUAUUCCGGAGCCGUUUUGCCCACUCAAAGCGCGGACGUGGCCGGUUCAGAUUUUUGGGCGCAGCGGCACUAUCCACACGCAUACGCCGCAGGAAGUGGCAGUGGAAGCGGAGCCGUUGUCAGUCGCUCACCUGACGUCUCCUACAGAUCCCACCCUCCCAGUCUAACCAUUCUAGACAAGGUCACGUCGUCCCCCGCGAUGCACGGCGACUUCCCGGUCGGCCAGUUCUUCGCUCCCGCUUGGAAUAGCGUGCUUGCCACACCGGAUAGCGACUGUUACAACCCUCAGGAGCUGGCCCCGCGCCUCCAUCCGCACUCCCAACAACCUCCGCCGUACCUGUGCUGCGGGCCGCCCGGGAAGAGCCUGUGCCAGGCGUCGGUCCUCAGCAGCAGCCUGCAGUCUCUGGAGUGCCUCAUCAGCGAGAUACACCCGCCCUGCAUCAAGGAGCGCAUGCUGGGACGAGGAUACGACCCGCACCUUCAGCCCGCACACCUUCAGCUGCCUGUGUUGAGAUAGGACACUUGCACUGGCUGAGUUAAAGCUGCUGGUAAGUAGGGUUGUGUGGCUCACAGAUUUAAGGGUUACUGACCGGAGAGGUCAUUUGUUGCUGGAUUUACGGGACACUGGAUCCGCUCAAUCAUAAAUGGGUACUGUGUUCAUCAAGCUUGAGAUCCAGAGAUUUUCUAAGGCCUCUUUCACACAUCCUGCAUCUGAAAGAGUAUUUCAUAUUAUAUGCUUCUCUUCUGCUCACCAAGGCUGCAUUUAUUUGAUCAAAAAUACAGGAAAAAUGUGAAAUAUUUUUAUGUUUUAAAACAGCUGUUUUCUACAUGAAUAUGUGUUAAACUGUAAUUUAUUUCUGUGAUGCGCAGCUGAAUUUUCAGCAUCAUUACUCCAGUCUUCAGUGUCACGUGAUCCUUCAGAAAUCAUUCUAAUAUGCUGAUUUGAUUAUCAUCAAUGUUGAAAACAGUUGUGCUGCACAAUAUUUUUGUGGAAACCAUCAUACAUUCCAUUUUUUUUUAGGAUUCACAGACAAAUAGAAAGUUCAAAAAAACUUUUAUUUGAAAUAGAAAUAUUUUAGAACAUUAUAAAUGUCUGUUUUGAUAAAUGUAAUGUGUCCUUGAUGAAUAUAAAUAGUAUGUAAAACGCAAAAUACAUGUCAUGCAUUGAUGAGGUUUUCAUUAGACUGCAGAAUAUGAUCAAAAAAGACUUUUGAUUAUAAAACAGCCAACCCUCACACAAUUAGUCGUUCAGAUUGACAUAUUGCUCUUAUUUCAAAUAAAAAAUCCUUUGUAACAUUAUAAAUAUCUUUACUGUCGCUUUUGAUCAAAUUAACGCAUCCUUGAUGAAUAAAAGUGUUAAUUUCUUAUUGAAAAAACAUUAAUGCCAAACUUUUGAAUUGUAGUGUAUAUUAUAAAAUGUAAUUAAAAACUCAUUGUAAUAGUUCUCAUUGUUUGAAAUCCAAACCCCAAAAUGAAGCUUUAAACCGCACAAUCAUCUUCAUUCAGUCUGAUUGAAUAGAAAGUGUCACUUUGUGACAGAGGUGUUUUUAUCAAACAAGGCUUUAGUUGCCUUUCAUGAAAGGCUGCGUCGGAAAAUAUAGUGCAUUUUCACUGUAUUUUGUUAAUGUUUUCAUUUUUUUUCUGCUGACAUCAGUCACUGUUCACUGUGAAAACAGCCUCAGUAAGCAGAAACGUGGUCUUGGACCACAAAACCAGUCAUUGGGAUCAAUGUUUUAAAAUUGAGGUGUAUACAUCAUCUGAGAUCUACAUAAAUAAGCUUUCCAUUGAUGUAUGGUUUGUUACGAGAUGCAGCUAUUUGAAAAAAUAACUAAAAAAUCAAAACAUUGAGAAAAUCAGCUUUAAAGUUGUCCAGAUGAAGAUCUUAGCCAUGCAUAUUACUAAUCAGAAAUGAAGUUUUGAUAUAUUUACAGUAGGAAAUUUACAAAAUAUCUUCAUGGAACAUGAUCUUCACUUACUAUCCUACUGAUUUUUGGCAUAAAAGAAAAGUCGUGUAUUGUUGGCUAUUGCUGCAAAUGUACCCGUGAUACUUAAGACUGGUUUUGUGCUCCAGGGUCACACGUGGUGUGUGAAACAGGUCUGGAUCUCUCUUCUGAAAUGCAGGUGAUUUUGAAGCGAUGACACACGUCCUGUUCGCUGCUGGAGUGUCACUUUAUCGAGUUCUCAGAUGCUGUUGAACGACUCAAACGAUCUGAAAUUUCCUUCUCAGACUAGCUGCCAAAAACACGACAGGAAGUGACACGCGUGCUGUUUACUCCGAUCACCGCAACACAUUCGCUAACUAUAAAAGCCUCCGAAAUGACACUAAAUCAUAGCAGUUAUGAUUUCUCCUGUUGUAAAUCAUUGACAGUGUUUCUGGCAUGAGUCGCUUGUAGGAGCAGUUACUUUAAAUGGAAAUAAAUGCAUAUUUUUACUCUUAUGUUUGUUGCUGCCAGUAGGAUGACAUUCAUAUUUAUAUGAUUUGUUUUUAAACUAAAGUGUUUUGUGUUUGUUAUUCGAAUCCUCACAAUCAGAAUGUGAUUCCUGACAGAUUCUGAUGAUGAUGUUUAUUUUGAUCUGCUGAUCCUCUAUGAAGCUGUGAUGAUGGUUUUGGGAUCAUGGAGUCGAGGUCACGACCUCUCCAUCAAUACCUGUUAUUAAUUACAACUUGAACCCAUUAGUAUGGUAUAUAUUUUAUUCCUUCUCUUUUAUUUAUUGAUAUUUGAAUCAGGUGUCUGCGAUCUGUCAUGUUCAUGUGUUUUAUUUUGUGUGUGUAACGGCACACUAUGGGCUCGACGUUUAAAAGUGCAAUUAUACUGUUGGCAAACGAGCUUCAGUGAUGAUUUACUGUGUGUGACUGUCUGAAAUCUACUUCACCAAUAAGAUUGUCAAAUAAAUAUAAUUUAGGAAUGUUUUCUAUUCCUGCUGGUCUGUUUGUCGUUAUUUUUAGUGUAGGAUGUGAUGUGUGCAUGCACAUUUUGGGUCGAACAGAAAAAUGGUAAAAUGCACGCUGAAAAAGUCGAGCAAAACAUUUUUUAUUUACAGACUUUUUUAUUGCUAGACUUUUUCAGCGUGCUUUGGAUUCAGUGUGCAGGUAGCCAUUUUUCUGUUUGAUCUCAGGUAUUUUUUUGGCUCGACGCACCUACAGCAGAAGGCUUUCCUUUUUCUUAUUUGGAGCGCUACAGUUUUUACAUGCACAUUUUAAAAUGAAGCCUUUUAAACACUGUCAGAGGUCAGAUGCAUAAAUCAAAUAAAUCUAAAAAAGCAGUGAACA